AUGGAACGUAAGGAAACACCUUUGGACGACAUUGCAAGCUCGAUUGCUAGUGGGCACGAUGUCGCGCCAGAUCGGAUCAGUGAAAAGGCCGAAGAGGCGACCACGGUACAUUGGUACAGGAGCACGCUGUUCAACAUUUUCCUGGUAGGAGUCAUCUCUUUGACUCAGUCGGGCCUGUGGGCUGCCUUGAACAAUACUGGUGCUGGUGGUCAACAGAAGCCGUAUCUGGUCAUAGGCUCAACUGCGAUCAUCUUUGGCGUGAUGACCAUAGGCUGUCCGCUUGCCGCCAUCCUUCUAAACAGAAUUGGACCGAAGCCAAUGCUGAUCGUCAGCACCUUGGGUCUCGCGCCAUACUCAGCCUCGCUGUAUCUAAACAAUCGAUAUGGUCUCGAGUGGUAUGUGCUGUUCGGUGCUGUGCUCACCGGCAUCUCUGCUUCUGCCGCUUGGACCACGGAUACCGCUAUUGCGAUCACGUAUGCUCCUUUACAGCAGAUGGGCACGUACCUUGCAAUCUGUCUUGGACUGCGAGAGCUCGGUCAGAUUUUAGGUGCCGCCAUAGCUUUAUCAGUGAAUCACUCAAUCGAUCAUCUCGGAAAAGUGUCUUACAAGACUUACCUCAUAUUCAUCGGCAUAGAAUGCCUUGGCCUUCCGCUGGCGUUUUUGUUCUCCUCGCCGCGGAAAGCGUUGCGCUCAGACGGCUUGACAGUGGCAUCCGUUGUGCAGCACCGACGCGCACAAUUAUCCUUCAACGACGUUUUGUCCGUCUUGCGACAGAAGUGGUUGCUGCUGCUCAUUCCAGUCUCCAUCUGUUUCCAAUGGAAUAAUGCGUACCAGGGCAUAUAUUUGACCAGCUACUUCACUGUGCGGACUCGCACUCUGGCCUCACUAACUCUAAAAGUCGAUCGACCGACCAAAGCCAAGUGCAUUGUUGUUUCGUUCUCGGUGUUCGUGGUGUCGUUGCUAGCGUGGCAGAUCUCGAAUGAGUACAAAUACUCGCAGGAAGCGAGCACCAGCAUUGAUUGGACCAGCAAAGAAUUUGGACGCGCUUUUACCGUGCACAUCUUGGUGCGUUUCUUCAACGAAGCCCAUGUUGUAGCCGUUUUCUGGUUUGUUGGCGCCUUUACAUCAGAUCCACGGGCGAUAGCAUCUGGCUGUGGUCUGGUUAAUGGCUUUGAGGCGUUAGGAUCGACUAUCAGCAAUGCCAUCGGGUCGUCAGCGAAAAUUGCUCCUGGAAUCAAUCUGUGGAUCGCGUUUGCGUUGUUCACUGCGAGCAUCGGACCAACUGUACGAGUAGCGUGGAUGGUGCCAAAGACGCCUCAAGGCCAUGACGGGAUGGCUGUUCGAGGUCUCGAAUCUGAAAGGUAUGGCAAGUCCAUGGCUCCCAUCAGGAUCGCUGCGCCAGAGCCAGUUGUUUCAUCGGCCAAGGUGGACAGCGAAAUUUCGCCCAGAACCACCGCGUUUCGUGGGAAGUUUCUUUGGGUCAAUCACGAUGCCAACAACAUGAAAGCGCGCCCGAACCGGCACCAGGUCUUCACACACGUACAAAGUCAGUAUCGACCCUGGAAGAAGAGACAUAAUCUCAUCGCCAGCAAGACGCCAUCUACGUCUCUAGUGCCCUCUGGUAGCGAUCCUCAUGUCGAUGAAGAGGGCCACCCAAAAGAUGUCCCAUCACCAUCAUCAAUAUUGCGCAAGGGAAAUUCCGAUCCAUUUUCAGCUUUGCCUGUGACCGUCGGCCCGGAAGAAAAUCAACUCAUAGUCUUCUACCGGGACUUCUACUUGAAGUAUCAGUACGGAGGCAGUUAUCCCACCAGGGAGCACCUCGCGCGCCGUGAUUGGAAGGACUCGACGAAAGGCCUACAGGACAUAGGCAUCGCACAUGGUUCCUUUGCGCGAUGGGGUUACAUGGUCAAGAAUCCACGCCUCUACGCUACGGCCUGUAUGCAUCAGUUGAAGGCGACGCAAUCGCUUCAGCGGAAGAUUGCAAGCGGGGCGGAUUUGCAAACCUACGACAACUACAUGCAUUUGAAUAUGCUGUAUUCUGCAGAGACUCUGCGCCGGAAUGCUGCUGGAGCCCGCGUGCAUGGUGAGAUGCUCCGGUCAAUGUUCGAAGAAGCCUGGUCCCGGGGCACUCUAGACUACACCUUGCUUGUGUACCAGGUGCACAACGAUGUCCAAACAGGCGCGAGUUUGCUUGUCCCGACGGUGUUCGACUUCGAGGAGUUCGUUCCGACGGUGCUUUCGUCCCUGAAGCGGUCUUGUAUCGAUCUGACAGAGCUGACUGACUCUGAGUCCGAAUCAGUCAGAGCCUCAAUGAACAGCUCUAUAUCCGGGUCUCUGGCGGACGUCUUUGUAGAGACUCGGUCGUUCUGGGCAAGCCUGAGGAAGAAAGCUAACCCCCUUGACGACACGGAGCCCGCCAGCGUGGUCCUGGUAAACUCAUUGACUCCCUUGAGGAACAUCGGUAAGUUGGUGAGCCUUUACAUCGUAAUUAGGGAUCGGUUGAAGUGGAAGCUAGAACUAUCUCAGCGGGUGGUCCUUCUAGCUCAUGCCUUCCUGACAUUGGCGGCAAUUUACACGACCAAGAGUGUUGAUUGUGAUGCUUGGAUUUUGGGCAGACCACUUUUCGACAUGCGUCCUGAAAUCAUUCCAGCACUACGCAACUCCUUGGUCGAAUUCAACACGAUUGCCGUCGACUCAGAGCGCCAAAAAUUUGCGACGGCUCGGGUGUGGGCGCUCUACGUUGGCGCCAUGUGCGAGCAACAGUCUUUGUUACACGCGGAGACUGACGCCCGUUGCUUCUUCCACAACCACCUGGCUAUCGAGGCUGGUGCUCUUGGCUUGACAAGCUGGAAAGCGAUACAUCCUGUGUUGGAGGGCUUCGUUUACAGCGAUAAGAUGAGACCGUCGGGUGAGUUGUGGUUCAACCGUCUCAUGGCUGCGCCGGCGACGACAGAGCCAGCAAAACCAGCCACAGCUCAUGAUGCACAUAAUAGCUGA